AGUUAUAUGUCGCCCUCCUGCCGAGCUUUCCCUCCCCAACAUGUCGCUCAUCACGUGCAUUGCUGAUAGUCCUCAGCUCCAAGCCGCGUUGCACUCGUUCGGCCGGCGCAGCGUUCCUUCGCUUCCACGAUGCGUUGCCAUUGGGCGUUAUCGGCCAUUGUUGGUCUUGUUGCUGCUACGAAUGAUACUCUUGUCCGGACCCCGCAAACGAGCUCGAAGCCACCUGGUUACUCAGUAUCAUCCCCACCGGCAUAUUCAACGCCUGGCACAUGCAAAGCUCAGACGGUGACGCAAACUUCCACUUGGAAAACGACUGAGACCUGUUGGGAGACGAAAUGGAGUACUCAAACCUCCUCGACGACCCUCUGGGACACCAUAACCUAUGAGAAAAAUUAUACAGUCACGACGACGGAACUCACGACCACCACGUGUUUUGAAACGGAGACGGAGACGACGACAACAACAUGCACUACGACCGAGCAUGAUACGACCACCCUGACCGUCACGGAUAUCUCAUACGUACCAACGACAGAAAUCAGCGAGAAGACCGUCCCGACCACAAUCGAAAAGACUGUCACGACAGAGGAGACCGAGAUCAGCAUUUCGACUUUCCGAACUACGGACGUCAUAAUCAGCACGUAUUCGACGGUGUUUACCUCGUACAUAACCGAAAUCGUCCCGAUUACAAUUCUUUUGCCCGGAACUACUAUUACCUCUUGGUCAACUACUAUAAUUUCGGUCCCAUAUACCAUCUGGGCGACGACGACGCGGAGUAUACCUUAUACAAUCACGGAAGUCCACACCACUGAAACGCCGGGGCCUACCAGCAUCGUAGUCUCGAUCUCUACUCUGGUUUCCUUCCUAACGCAAACUAUCACCUCUGUGACUACAGAGUCCGGGACUCCGAUAACGAGCCUAAUUACUACUACGGUACGUGCACUCGAGGAACUCAAGGUCUUCUGCCGAGGAACUGCUGUCUGAAGGACCGCUCGAGUGGCUUUCCGCAGCCGCACUUGCUCCGGCC